AGUUCAUUAUACACUACCUAAGACUUUUUAAAUGCUGAUCUGGCAACACCGAACUUUUCGUAGCCGUCACCGUAGCAAUCUGGAAGAAUCAAAAGUUUGCUUCCUUUUUGACGUUGGUGAAUCUUUAGCCGAUCGUUUCAUAAACAUUUCCCCAAAAUGGGUCGUAUGCACGCGCCUGGCAAAGGUAUCGCCGAUUCGGCUUUGCCCUACAGACGAAGUGUCCCAACAUGGUUAAAAGUAACUACAGAGGAGGUCAAGGACCAUAUUUACAAACUUGGCAAAAAGGGCCUGACACCAUCACAGAUCGGUGUCAUCUUGAGGGAUUCCCAUGGAGUAGCCCAAGUUAGGUUCCUCUCGGGCAACAAGAUCCUGCGUAUCAUGAAAGCAAUGGGACUGGCUCCUGACCUACCGGAAGACCUGUACUACUUGAUCAAGAAGGCUGUAGCGAUUAGGAAGCAUUUGGAACGUAACAGGAAAGACAAGGACAGCAAAUUCCGUCUCAUCUUGGUCGAGUCACGUAUCCACCGUUUGGCUAGGUAUUAUAAGACUAAGAAUGUGUUGGCACCUAACUGGAAGUAUGAGUCUAGCACGGCAUCCGCCCUGGUGGCUUAAUUUUUUAUACGGUUAAGAUAAAUAAAAUGUGAAAUGUAACACUGAUUUUCAUUUUAUAAACACUUUAUUUUCCUGA